AUGGAUGAUAAUCUAGAAGAUAUUCCAGAAGAUUCGGAAUUAAAUGAAAGAGAAUUUCAAGAGGUUGAGGAAUUAAUUGACGAUUUAAAUCUUCCUCCAGAAACUGUCCACUACAAUUCUGAUGAUUACAUUUCUCGUGCGAAACGCAUCGAAAAUGGCAGUGUGCCCAUGAAUAUUUUAGAACUUCAUCAUUCCUUUGGUUACAACUGUCGGAGAUAUUUUAAUUUUUGCGUCGCUGAUCCGGACACAAUUAUUUUUGCAUCGGGGAAUUUGAUUCAUUUUUUUAAUGUUGCGGAAAAUAAAUUGUGGUUUAGACGAAGUUUCAAGGGAGGUGGCAUUGGACAUAUUGUAAAGAAUCCAGUUUUUAACCACAUUGCUAUUGGUGAAAAUGGAAACGAUCCACCGAUUAUAAUUUACGAGUGGCCGAGUUUCGAAAUAGUGACAAUUCUUUGGCACGGAACAACGAGAUCAUUUUCUCAUUUAGACUUUAGUCCGGAUGGCAAAUUAUUAGCGUCCCAAGGUGGUGAACCAGAUUAUUUACUAACCAUAUGGAAUUGGCAGCAAUCGAAAAUCACAUUACGUUUCAAAUCUCAUGGACAGGAGAUCAUCAAUGUCAUGUUCUCGCCAUCUGUUUCUGGACAUUUGACAACAAGUGGUUUGGGACACAUUAAAUUUUGGAAAAUGUCAAAAACUUUUACGGGUCUUAAAUUGAAGGGCGAACUCGGUAGAUUUGGCAAGACGGAAAUUUCCGAUAUAAUUGGAGUUUAUCCAAUGCCUGACGAAAAAGUGGUAUCCGGAUGUGAAUGGGGAAAUAUUUUGAUAUGGGACGAGGGUUUAAUAAAAUUUGAAGUUUGUCGGAAGAACAGAAAACCUUGUCAUGGCGGUGUUAUAACGCAAUUUGAAUACAAUAAUGGAGAAUUAAUAUCUAUAGGAAUGGAUGGAUGGAUACGUAUGUGGUUUUAUGACACAAUCGAUCAAGCUGAUCCGCCUGAUGAAGAUCGAUUUCUUGAGAUUGAACCUGUUUAUGAAUUUUCUAUUUUCGAAAAAGAGGAAAAUAAUUUCGACAAAAAGGCUAUAUUGAUGAGUAUUCAGAAACAGGAACCCAAUAAUCCGGAAUCAACAUUUUGGUAUGCUCAGGAUGCAAAUGGCGGUUUGUGGAUAAUAGAUCUCUGCACUUUUCAAACACCGGAACCAUCAAGGAAACUUCUUAAUUGUCAUGCUGGACCGAUAACCGACAUAGCUUCUGCCGAUUGGGGACCUUUUGUCGCAAGUUGUGGAAAGGACAACAAUCUAUUUAUUUACAAUUACAAAACAAAGGAAUUGAUUUUAAUUCAUAAAUUCAAUGACAUUGGGAGUCGAAUUAUUUGGUUACCAUGUGUAAUCGAGUCUACAGGUUCGACUCUUAUUUGCGCUUUCGAAAGCGGAGUAAUCAGAACUAUCAAUGUAGAACUAUCAGAGAAGAAUGAUAACAAAAAAUUCGUAAAGCUUCUUCAAGUACUGAAGCCACACAAUAAAGCUGUAACCGCCAUGUCCCUAAGUCCCGAUAAUAGUCUCCUAGUAACCGGAAGUGAAGAUUCGACAAUUUUUCUCUUUCUUCUUGAGAAAACAAACAAAGCAACUUUAGUUCCAAUUGGUUUUAUCAAAACCCCAUCGAGUACUACCUGCAUGACCUGGAAACCAGACUCCACGACAACAAUUCUCCUCGGUUGUACAAGAGGGAAUUUCGUGGAAAUAAACCUACCGAAUGAAGUAAAAUCAGAUCAAAUUACCACAUACGAACUGAUGGACUGCGAAACUCGAGUAUUUCAAUUCAAAUCAGUAAAAUCGGAAAUAAGACGAGAUUUGGUGCAAAGAAGGAAUGAAGAACAACGGAAAAUGGUGUACGAAAGAAAAGUAGCGGACUUGGAGAAAUUAAAAAUAGAUCAACCCGAAAUGGAAAUCGAUGAAGAAAUAUAUUUGACGAUUGAUUCAGAAGUGGAUGAUGAACAAUUGCCAGAAAUAUUCGUACCGAAAAUACCAAAUGAUGUCCUAUUGCUGAACUAUACGAAUACGAAGAUAUGUCUUUUCGUGUCAGGUUACGAUUCGGGAUAUUUAUACGAAUAUUCGAAUCUGGAAAUUGGAGAAGAUUUGAAGACUACAAGUAGAAUGAUUUUCGAAGCUGAUGAUACAGAAGUCCGAAGUUGUUUAUUCUUUAACAAGAAUAAAUACGUCUUUCUCGGAAUGCAACAUGGCGAAAUUCGUGUUUGUCGAGUAAAUCCUGAGGAUCAUUUGGAUCUUUCGGAUUACUGGCUACUUCCAAUGCAUGACAAUUUUAACGGUUAUAUUCCAAAAAUGACACUGAGUUACGAUCAUAACAUACUUCUGACGUGCGGACAUGAUGGAAAUCUCUUUUCGUUUUGCAUAAACGACGAGACUUUUGAUGCUGACCAUAAAGUGCCUGUACCUACAAAAGACAAACUGGGAAUUGACACUACUGAAGUUGACGAUAUUGAAGAACCUAAUUAUCCAACUUUAGAGGAAGUUGUUCGACAAGCUAAUGAUGAUAAAAUUCUACGCCUAGCGCAAGAGAAGAAAAAUUCCAUUUUGGCUCUACUACAAACUUAUGCUCAAGAUUUUACGAAACUGAUGGAAAAAAAUCGCACUUUACUAAAAUCUCAACAAAUUCCACAAGAGAACUUUGAAAUAGAUUCGAGAAUCACCGAAGAAUUGAAUAAUCAACUGCAAUCGGAAUUGGAUUUCGUGCACAGAAAAAUGUCAUUCAAAGUGGAAAAAUCAAAAUUAAGACUCAAGAAACUAAUGGAUCAUUUUGUCGAGCCCAUCACUUGUCUUCCGUUCUGCGUGUAUAGAAUUUUAAAACCAAAUACGAAAGUUUAUUCAUUUCGGGAACACAAAUUGGGAGAUGAUUUUUUCGCCACUUAUGCCAAAGUUUCUAGACUUAUUGCAGAAAAGGAAAAAGCUAACAAAUCAUUAGAUUUGCAAAUAAAUCAAUCCAUAAUUGAAGAGGAAGAAGAAAAGGAAGUUGUACACGGAGUUGAAAGUUUUCUCAAAGGCCUAAGUCCAUCUACUUUGGAGUAUAAAUUGGGAGUAGAAAUUAAUCAAAUGCUAAAAAAAUAUAGAGCUCGUAAAUCGAGAAUAGAAGAACGAAAAAGAGAAUGGAGAACAGUUCACGACACUAAACCAAAUCCAGAUACAAAUCUUCUGAAUGACAACAAUACAUUAGAAAAGGCACAAAGAACAAUUGGCGAUUUCAAAUUAAAAAAUUCCCCCGAUUUACAGAAAGUAAAUCAAAGUUUGGAUAAUGUACUAAACAAAUACAAGCAAUUGUUGGAUUGUCGAAAAAGAAUUCAUUAUCUUCGAGAAGACUUCAACAACAAAUUGAAAAUUGUACGAGCGAAAAAAUUAACAUCACAAAAAGAAUCUCAAGAUUUAGUGAAUAAUCUGAGGGAAAUUCAGAAUGAGAUUCCGGAAAAAAAUAGAAAAACAUUGCCUUUUGUAUUUAGUAUCGAUUACAAUGCUGAAUUUCCAGAAAAAGAACUCGAAAUUGAAAAGUACAAAGCAAUGAUAGUGAAAGUAGAGGAAAUAAGAAAAAGUAAAAAACCAAUAUUUAUGGAUUUAAGUCAAAAGGAUAUCGAGAUAAAUAUCUCACUCGAUAUUUUACGUAAUCUUCAAAUAAACGAGCAAAAUGAAACACAAUGGGAACGAGAAAUGAAACGCAUGGAGAAUUAUAAAAAUAUUCACGAGCAAAAUUUUCUCCUCAAUGAAAUUCAACAAAAAUAUCGAAAUCUAGAUAAUGAUUUAGAUGAACUAGAAAAAAAUCGAGUUGAAGUUGCCAUGGAGAGUGAAUAUUUAAAUUUAUUUCUAUUAACAUUGCAUCAGGAAUUAAUAAUUUUACGAAAUUUUGAAGCAACAGAAAAUUCACUAACGGAUACAGUUAAUAAUAAAAUCAAAGAGUGUGCAAUUGCCAAGAAAAAGAUUCAAUCGAUAACGGUACAAAUGGAAAAUAAAAAUAAGGAAAUCAUAAAAUUACAAGAUAAAAUUAAAGAACUUUCGGUUCAAUACAGAGACUUGAUAAAUGAAAAUAAAUUUCGUGAUUUUCUACUGAGAAUAUUUAAAAAAAAGUUCAAGCAGCCGAAAGCAAGUGAUGCAUCUUCGUCAUCAUCAAGCUCAGAUAGUAGUUCACACGAAGAUGAUACAGCUACAAUUGACAGUCGAGAAAUUGGAAUUAUCCAUUAUGAUGAAAAUAUAUUACCUCUUGGGUGUGAUAAAGAACUUUAUGAAGCGGCUUUUGUAAUGAGAGAACACAGGUACAAUUCUGAGUUUCAAAUCAGAAAUGAGCAGAAAAAAAUUGAAGGACUACGAAAAGAUCUUGGAAUUGAGAACAAACGACUCAAAUUGUUGGAAAUUGAAUUGAAAAUAAGUCGAGAUAAUUUGAAAAUUUUCAUGCAAGACAAACAUGAAAAAUUAAAUUCAAUUGACAUGACGGUAAUAUUAAAAUUUCAUCAAUUGCAAAAUUUUUUAUCAAAUUCAGAAGAAGUGGCAAAAAUUAGAGAUUGUAUUUUAUUCGACAAGAAAAAACUUUCCGAAUUGUACGCAAGAGUUGGAGAAUUAAUUCGAGAGACAAAUGAUGAAUUGAAUAAAUACAAAAAAAGUAGGACAUAUCUUAAUAGAAUAAAAACGGAAUGCAAACAAAUGGAAACGGAAAUAAUUAAAUUAAAAUCCAACGUCAAGUCCGAAAAAAUAAAAAAAUUUGGACAAGAUAUUUCCGUUAAUAUUUUAUAUGAAGCGGUACUGCGAAGUUUGAUUUACGACAUAAAGGCGAAUUUAAAUUCAAUUAUUAAAUCUUAUGACAGUCAAGUGAAUUCUGUUAAAAUAAAUUAUCAAGAAAAGAUGGAGACACUUAAAAAUUAUUUGCAGUCUAAUACGGAAAAAUUGAAUUUUCUUGCUGUUUUAGAAGAAGAACAAUUAAAAUUACGAAAAUUGUUGAAAUUUCCUCCAAUAAUAGACGUAAUUUUUUCUAUUUUCACACUUUCAUAUUUUUUUUUCUUAUAUUUUUUAAUAUAAAAUUUUAAGUAAAAUUUUCAUUUAUAAUUUCAUUCAAACAGGAGGAUUCACUAAUGGAAUUUACAAAAGAUGUCAAAUCUUUGGAAACAAUUAUAGAAAAUCAAAAGAAUAGAACUGAAUUGUUACGCAACGAAAUUAGAAAUAAAAUAUAAAGAUCACUAAUUUAUUAAUGUCUACGAAGAAAAAGUAAAACUUUCUUUUUAAUUUUUAUUUUCGCCAUAGAAACCUAUAUGUA